GGGCUGACCCUUCAGGGGCGAUAAUGAUGGACAGCUUUGUCUGUUCCCCCUUCAGCACGUACCAGAACUUCAGGAGCAGCCCCGCGCUCGGCCGCGGCUGGGACGCCGGGGCCAAGCAGCCCAGCUGGAAGCAGAGCAAGAGCGGCGGCAUCGCCCCCUUCCUCGCGGGGCCCUUCACGCCGCUGCCCUCCGACUACCUGGACGGCUACCGGCGGGCGCAGCUGCAGGCGCUGCUGUCGCAGGUGGGCCCCGCGCUGGCGCCGCGGCCGCGCCGCGCCAGCACCAAGGAGGCGGCGGUGCAGGUGAGCCUGCGGGCCGACGCGGCCGUGCAGUGCUCGCUGGGGCCGCGCACGCUGCCGCCCGCCCGGCGCUUCAGCCCCGCCGCCCUGCGCGCCCCGGGCCGCCUCGCCCUCUACUCACCCGCGCCCGAGCGCCGCCUCUUCGCGCUGCCCGACGCCGCGCCGCUCCCGGAGCCGGCAGCGCCCGCCGAGGAGACCCCGACGGAGGACGGCGGCGAGGAGCAGCAGGAGGGCCCGGCGGGGGCCGCGCUGCCGCCGCGCCAGGAGCCGGUGGGGACGCGGCCGGAGGAGACCGCGGCUCCCAGGCAGAGAGCUGCCUUCCAGUUCUUGGAGCAGAAGUAUGGCUAUUUCCACUGCAAAGACUGUAAGACCAGAUGGGAGAGUGCUUACGUGUGGUGCAUUUCUGGAAGCAACAAGGUGUACUUCAAGCAGCUCUGUCGCAAAUGUCAAAAGAGCUUCAAUCCCUAUCGAGUGGAAGCAAUCCAGUGCCAGAUCUGUUCCAAGACUCGUUGUUCUUGCCCUCAAAGGAAGAGACAUAUUGAUCUGAAGAGACCUCAUCGCCAAGAACUCUGUGGCCGCUGCAGAGGCAAAAGGCUGUCCUGUGACAGCACUUACAGCUUCAAAUACAUUGUCUGAUCCAUGUGCCCUCUUCUGUUUUGUGCUUUGCACUUAGUCUGUUGCAAUGUUUUGACUUAAGGCUUUUGACCUGGCAUUGGAUAAUGGAUGAAGACUUCAGUAUUAUUGUAAAAUAUAGUAACUUAAAAGUAUGUAAUUUCACUUGUAUGUAUGCUGUAAAUAAAAUUCAAUAAAAGUCUGCACUAGUUUGAUA